AGCAAUUCGAAAUAUCGAUAGUGGUACAGGAUGCAAUAAUCGAUUUAUUGUAAGCGCCGCAGUCCAUCAUCAGCACCGAAAAAGUAAUGUGCGAGAAUAUUAUUUGUGUUGGAUUUUAAUAGGAUAGGAAAUUUACAGAAUGGCUCACCAUUAUGUUGUUACGGCCCAUAAACCUACUGCAGUUACAGCAUGUGUCACUGGAAACUUCACAUCUCCCAGCGACUUAAAUUUGAUACUGGCCAAAAACACUCGAUUAGAAAUUUAUUUAGUGACACCUGAAGGUCUAAGAGCUUUAAAGGAAGUAGGCUUGUAUGGGAAAGUUGCAGUUAUGAAGUUUUUUCGGGCUCCUCAUGACAAAAAGGAUUUACUAUUCAUCGUGACUCAACGUUACAAUGCAAUGAUUCUCGAAUGUGUUGGAGAAGGAGAAAAUCUGGAAAUUAUUACCAAAGCUCAUGGUAAUGUAUCAGACCGAAUUGGAAAGCCAUCUGAAACUGGGAUUCUUGCUGUUAUAGACCCAGAAGCAAGAGUUAUAGGGUUGCGAUUGUACGAUGGAUUGUUCAAAAUCAUUCCUUUAGAAAAGGACAACAGUGAAUUAAAGGCAUCGAGUAUCAGGAUGGAAGAACUACAAGUGCAAGAUUUGGAAUUUCUCCAUGGGUGUCUGAACCCUACAAUAAUUUUAAUUCAUCAAGAUUUAAAUGGACGGCAUGUAAAAACGCACGAGAUUUCGCUUCGAGAUAAGGAGUUUGUUAAGAUCCCAUGGAAACAGGAUAAUGUAGAAACAGAGGCAUCAAUGGUAAUUCCUGUCCCAGAGCCAUUGGGUGGGGCUAUUAUCAUAGGCCAAGAGUCCAUUUUAUAUCAUGAUGGCAAUACGUAUGUAGCUGUUGCACCUCCUGUAAUAAAGCAAAGUACAAUUGUAUGCUAUGCUAGAGUGGAUAACAAUGGUUCACGUUACCUUCUCGGUGACAUGGCUGGCCAUUUAUUCAUGCUUCUCUUAGAGCAGGAGGAGAAAAUGGAUGGAACAUUAAUAGUAAAAGAUUUAAAGGUUGAAUUGCUUGGUGACAUAAGUGUGCCAGAGUGUAUAACAUAUUUAGAUAAUGGUGUGUUGUUUAUUGGUUCCCGCCUUGGUGAUUCACAAUUAAUUAAGCUUAAUGUAAAGCCUGAUGAAAAUGGAUCAUAUGUAAGCAUAAUGGAGACUUUUACAAAUCUUGCUCCUAUUGUGGACAUGGUAGUUGUGGAUCUGGAGAGACAGGGUCAAGGACAACUUGUUACUUGCUCAGGUGCCUACAAAGAAGGUUCAUUGCGAAUAAUCCGUAAUGGCAUUGGCAUCCAAGAGCAUGCUUCCAUUGAUUUGCCAGGUAUAAAAGGAAUGUGGGCUCUUAGAGUUGCUACUCGUGAUAAAGUAGAUAAUACCCUUGUUUUGUCUUUCGUUGGACAGACUAGGGUCCUUACUCUGAAUGGAGAAGAAGUGGAGGAAACUGAAAUUUCUGGAUUUGUGUCAGACCAGCAAUCCUUUUUUUGUGGCAAUGUUGACUAUGACCAAAUUGUACAAGUAACACCAACAUCUGCCAGACUUAUAGCUGUGGAUACAAAGCACUUAAUACAUGAAUGGAAGCCACCAUCAGAUAAAACAAUUAGUGUUGUUGCUUGUAACACAAAUCAAGUUGUAUGUGCUACUGGAAGUGAUCUGUUUUAUUUGGAAAUAUGUGAAAAGGAACUUGUUCAGAAGGGGCAAGCAACACUAGAACAUGAAGUGGCAUGUUUGGAUAUUACUCCUCUUCAAGAAGGAAACAAUAAAGCAGAAAUUGUUGCUGUGGGAUUGUGGACAGAUAUUUCUGCUCGAAUUUUAAGGCUACCUGGUUUGGAAGAAAUAAAUAGAGAGUACCUUGGAGGAGAAAUCAUUCCCCGGUCAAUUUUGAUGACAUGUUUUGAGGGUAUGAAUUAUUUAUUAUGUGCUCUUGGUGAUGGAUCCAUGUUUUACUUCUCUCUGAACAAACAGACUGGAAUGCUGUCAGAUAAAAAGAAGGUGACCUUAGGAACACAGCCUACAGUUUUGAGAACAUUCAGGUCAUUAUCAACUACAAAUGUAUUUGCUUGCUCUGACAGGCCAACUGUAAUUUACUCCUCCAAUCACAAGUUGGUGUUCUCAAAUGUAAACCUCAAAGAAGUCAAUCAUAUGUGCUCACUAAAUGCUGAAGCAUAUCCUGACAGUCUUGCAUUAGCCACUGAAAGCACAGUGACUAUUGGAACAAUUGAUGAGAUUCAGAAGUUGCAUAUUAGAACAGUUCCACUUGGUGAAUCGCCCAGGAGAAUUGCCUACCAAGAAAGUUCUCAAACCUUUGGUGUAAUCACAAUGAGAAUUGACAUGCAAGACACGACUGGCUUGAGUCCUGUUCGCCCCAGUGCCAGCACCCAAACACAGAGCACCACUUCUUCUGCAGCUGUGGGUUCUCUCUCUCUCAUAAAGCCAGGUGCUCUGGGUGGUGCCAAUACUGCUGCGGAGUUUGGACAAGAAAUUGAGAUUCACAAUUUAUUAGUUAUUGAUCAGCAUACUUUUGAAGUUCUUCAUGCUCAUCAGUUUAUGCAGUCCGAAUACGCUUUAAGCCUUGUAUCAAGCAAAUUGGGUGAAGAUCCUAAUACAUAUUACAUUGUUGGUACAGCAUUAGUUAAUCCUGAAGAAAGUGAACCCAAAUUAGGUCGUAUACUUAUGUUCCUGUAUCAGGAUGGAAAAUUACAACAAGUGGCGGAAAAGGAAAUAAAGGGUGCAUGUUACUCUCUUGUUGAGUUUAAUGGCAGGCUUCUUGCAAGUAUUAAUAGCACGGUAAGAUUGUUUGAGUGGACUGCAGAAAAGGAGCUCAGAUUGGAAUGUAGUCAUUUUAACAAUAUAAUAGCUUUGUAUUUGAAAAAGAAAGGAGAUUUUAUUUUGGUUGGGGAUUUGAUGCGUUCUAUGACGUUACUCCAGUACAAAACAAUGGAAGGCAGCUUUGAAGAGAUGGCAAGAGAUUAUAAUCCAAACUGGAUGACAGCUAUUGAAAUCUUAGAUGAUGACACCUUUCUAGGUGCUGAAAAUUCUUUCAAUUUGUUUGUAUGUCAGAAAGACAGUGCUGCAACAACAGAUGAAGAACGACAGCAAAUGCAGGAAGUAGGUCAAUUCCAUUUAGGUGAUAUGGUGAAUGUUUUCAGGCAUGGCUCAUUAGUCAUGCAACAUGUAGGAGAAACAUCUACACCUACCCAAGGAUGCGUUUUAUUUGGUACAGUCAGUGGAGCAAUAGGUCUUGUCACUCAGAUUCCCCCUGACUUUUAUGACUUUUUGCAUGAAUUGGAAGAGAAGUUAACCCAUGUUAUAAAAUCUGUGGGUAAAAUUGACCACGGAUUUUGGAGAAGUUUUAAUACAGAUAUUAAAACUGAGCCUUGCGAAGGUUUUGUAGAUGGUGAUCUUGUUGAAAGUUUUUUGGACCUUUCUCAUGAAAAGAUGAAAGAAGUAUCUCUUGGACUGCAGAUUGAUAAUGGGAGUGGAAUGAAACAGGAGGCAACUGUUGAUGAUCUAGUGAAGAUUGUGGAAGAUCUGACAAGGAUACACUAAAAUUCUAUGUUUAUUUGUUGUAUAAUACAGUAUUGCCUAUUUGAGUAUGGAACUACAUUGUUUGUCCCAGUGAAAGAAAGUGUGAUAUAUACUUGAGUUUUGUGUGUGUGUCUGUAUGAUAGGAUGGAAGUACAAAUUGUCUUGUUUGGACUUGAUUUAUUUCCUUGUAACUUAAGUUCCAUUCAUUAAAAUUUUAUCUAUUUUGUUGAGAGAAAUCAAGUUGAAGAACUGCUAAUACCCUCCUUUGUAAAAAUUCUUCUGCAUGUGUUAAAUUUUCUUUCAACUAGCAUACUAUAAUAUUCUUGUAAAAUGCCCUUACAUCAAGGGGUUGUAUACUGGGUAGUUUAAAUACAUGAUGUUCUUAUAUAUUCCUUUGCUUCUCUUUUCUGAAAUGUACCACAUUGCAAUUUUAUAGAUUGGGUUUUGUUAACACAUCACCAGUUUCCUUUGUCAGUAAUCAUGUUUGUUAGGAGCCCAAUGAAGAAAACAUUAAAAUGACAAUAUUUGUUUUAAAAAAUGAAAGAAUAUUUCUGACUUAUUCCAUUACAAACAGUAAAAAUCUUACUGUUUCAUCUUGAUAACCAUUCUAUCAGUUGUCUUCUUUCAUCUUUCUCAAAAUCUUAACACAUGUAUUUGUUACAAUUAUUUCCACCUUCAGUCUUAAGAUCAACAACCCAGAAUGUUCUUCUAAAUAUUAGCUUUGUCUAAAGUUAUUGCGAUUUGUAAAACUAUUUUUUACUUGUUUGUUUAUGUAUAUCUACUAUAAACUCUCUAGGGUGUGAUUUGAGGAAUUUUUUAUAAGCUUUUCUGAUAUUUUUAUUGAAUUAAUUUUAAAAGGACCAGAUCAAUACAUUUUUCUUCUUUGAGAAAUUAUAAUAAAAUAAGAGUGAAAAGAAAUUGAAUGCUUUUGUCUUGUAAAAAUCUCUAAGAAAUAGCAGAAGAUGAAAGAAUCUCCCAACUUUUAUACAGUUGUGCCACUCUGUUUUUUGUUAAGUGGAUAAAUACUGUAUGUGCCCAGAUAUAAGAUAACCUUCAAUUUUGAAGAUGCCUCCCGAGUUGUUUUUUUUUUAACCAAUUGUUACUUUUUACAAUCACAGUAAAAUCAUAAAUGGUAUUAUUGACUAGAAAAUCUUUUAAAUGAAAAACCUAAGUGUAUCUGUGCAAUUGCUAUUUUCUUAUUCUUCUUAAUGAUCACUACUUUGUUCUUCUUCACUUGUAUGUUUCACUUCACUUGUUAGUUGUUUUCUUUCUGACCUAUACUGCUGUUCAUGUUGAUGAUUUUUCUUUCUAGUCCUCUCCCAGUAGAUCAUCUUCUGAGCUGCCAAGUGCAUCAAGAAAUCUUAUUCCAAGCAGUAGCUACCCAUUCUCUCAACUUGGUUACUGAGGGCUUCUGAAAUUUCCCUCCUGGAGGAAAAGCAUGGUUUCCUGGAAGCCAGUCAUUAUGAAGUUGUCAGUGAUGACCCUUGAAUGGUUUAUUUACAACAACUUCCAUUACUUGUAGUUGAGAUGUUACUUUUUAAUAUCAGUUCUUGGGUGAUGUGUCCCUUGAGUGAAUCAAGCAUCCACAUUCGUCUCUUUGGCUGAUAACCUGAUUUUGUAAUCCAAACCAUCAACCAGUCGAGCAUCUCAUUCUUGGUCAUCCACGAUUUCUCUUUCUCGUAUCUGAAGGUGAGUCCUGUUGGCAAUUUCUCUUUUGGUGUUCUUUUCCUGUGUGGAAAUGCAUAUGUAGCCAGCUUCAUGCCAUCAGCCAGAGCACACAACAUAACUUACUCUGGUCUUCCAUUUCAUAGUGUUUCUGACGAUACUGCUAUUACUACCAUGGUCUUCAACAGUUCCUUUUGACAACAUUAAAAUAAAUGCGUUUCUGGUCAGUAUUGCUGACUUGACUGAGCAUAUAGUCAUGUUCUUUCUGUAAUUUUAGACCAUGAUGUUCAUUGGAACUCAAAUAAUUUUUCUUCAAAAGCUGUUGGAAAUGAACUGAAGGGAUAGACGUGUCUGGCUUAUUAUCGCCUUUCCAGCAUAUUGUUUUGUCAGCAUACAAGUUUUUCAGAUGGAAAAGACAGAUUCUCACUAGUAAGCUUAAUUAGCAAAUAUAAGAUGACUUCUUUUUCAAAGUAUUUAAGAAAAAACAUGAUCUUAUAUUUGGGUAAAUACAGUAUUUUCUUCUAAGUAUUUCACAACUGAGGGAUUCACAAGAUUGUAUUUUAUGAAUUAAAUUUUUUUUAUUGUAUUCGGUUUUUUUUUUUAUUUUUCAUUACAUCUGGCAUGAAGAGGGAGCCAGGAAAAAUACUCUUCAAUGAUGUUAAAUUAGUUCAGGUUUGCUGAUUGCAGUUGCAAAUAAUAUAAAGACUAACUUUAUGUUUGUACUACAAUGUUUUCAUAAAUAAAUUACAUUGAAGUUCCUCUCAUAAUAUAAUGAAAUUGUGUUGAACUCGGAUAACAGAGGUUUAUGAAAUAUGACCUUAAAAGGUCUCUUAGUUCUUAGUUGGAAAUCAUCUCAUAUCAAAUGUUCACUACUUGACCUCUCUGAAAAUUAUGCUAGCUAAAAAUUAGCUAUGUUCUUGCCUUGUAUACAAAUGUAAGAGACUUUUUUUGAGUUUUCUUAAGUGAGAGUACAAAAUUAAAAUAUUUUUGUUACAUUUCUAAUUGAAAUUUACAUUUUUUUGCUACCUUACUAAUUGAAAUUUUCAUUUAGGAUUGUUUGUAUAAAAAAAAAAAAGAGAAAAUAAAUAAAUACAAAUAUUCUGAAACACCAAUACAAUCUUUGUUAUCAACUUAGGAACAGUGAAAUUACUGUCUCUCACUCCAAACAAUUGUAAAUGUAGUGGACAAACUAUCAUAAUAGUAAUUCUGAAAAU